GUGAAAGUUAUAUUUACGCGGUUAUUGUAUAUUUUGUGUAUGAUGGAGGAGAAAAACAGCUCUGGAAAUACUGCAACAGUGGAAAAUUCGACGGCAAAUCCAUCGCCUGCGAAAAAGUCUGCAAAAUCGAAGACAAAAUCGCAGCGUUCUAAAUCGUCACAUCCACCAACUGCGGAUAUGGUGAAUGCUGCUAUCAAGGCCUUGCAAGAUCGCAAGGGAUCGUCAGUUCAAGCUAUUAAGAAAUACAUAGCAACGACGUAUAAAGUUGAUGGUGAAAAAAUGGCGCCAUUUAUUAAGAGGUACUUGAAAAGUGCCGUAACUGCCGGUGCGGUGGUGCAAACCAAGGGUAAAGGUGCCUCUGGCUCGUUCAAGCUAUCCACAUCUUCGAAGGGUUCCGAAUCAAAGAGCAAAUCCAAACGCCUCGUGAAACGGACCGUAUCUGCUGCAGCUGAAAAGAAAGCUGCGGAGAAGAAGCCAGCGAGUCCUAAGAAAGCGGCUGCCCCAAAGAAAGCACCCACUGUGAAGAAACCAGCCGCGGCAGCCAAGAAACAACCUCCUAAAAAAGCUAAAACUGCUACUGUUAAGAAAGCAGAAUCUGUGGAACAAACGGCAGCACCACCACCGAAGAAUUUGUCGAAAGCGAAGAAAGCCACAAAAGCGCCAGCAGCAAAGACGAAAACUCCAAAACCAAAAACAGCAAAAUCGCCGAAAAACGCAAGAGCAGCGGCGAAAAAGUAAUUCGUUGAAGAAUACAUACCAAUUGGCCCUUUUCAGG